AUGUCCGACGUGGAAGACGCAGCCUCUUCCCUGGUAGCAUCAUGGAACUCUACCCUAUCGUCCGUCUCAGUCAAAGCUGUAGGAUCUCAAAUUGCUUUGAUGACUGGAAUAUCCCUCGGUACGAUCCUCGCAUUUAGUUUCUUUAGACCUAGAGAGAAGAAGGUUUACGCACCAAAGAUUAAAUAUCAAUUACCUAGACCUGCUGAUCCGGCUGAUGAUCCGGAUUACGAACCUCCCCCGCCACCUAUAUCGAAUGGUUUUUUCGCUUGGUUCAGUCCUGUCAUCAGAUUAAAAGAGGAACAGAUGAUAGCUAACGUCGGUCUCGACGCUACCACUUUUCUUCGGUUUCUCCGUAUGCUCAGAAACAUAUUCUCCUGCAUCACCGUCCUUGGUGUAAUCCUUUUGGUCCUUAAUAUCAUAUAUAACCUCAAAUACGUUGAGAGUAAAGAUAGGAACGCAUUGAGUUUGUUGACCAUUCAGAAUGUCAGAGGAUCGUGGAUGUGGCCUGCUUUGGGUGUAAGCUAUUUGAUAAAUGCUAUCGUCAUGUAUUUCGUUUGGCGGAAUUGGCAAGCCAUGAUUCAACUGCGAAUGAGAUGGUUCAGAUCGCCAGCUUAUCAGACUAAAAUUUACUCUAGGACCUUGAUGGUCACUCAAGUAAGAAAAGAUUACAGAAGCGACGAAGGAUUGGUAGCUCUUAUGGGUCUACUCAAGGUUGAUGGUAUCAAAAUUGGCCCUGAGAUCGACUGUACAUCAAUUGGUAGAAGACUGGAGGAUUUCCCAGAGAUGGUAGAAGAUCACAACAAAGCUGUUGCAGAGUUGGAGGAACACCUGGUGAAAUACCUUAAAAACAAUCAAAUGGCCAGCAAGAGACCUCAGAUUAGGAAAGGUGGUUUCUUGGGAAUGGGAGGUGUCAAAAAAGACGCAAUCGACUACCAUGCCAAAGAGAUUAGGUUCCUGAGGGAGAAGAUCGACACUAAGCGUCAAGCCAUAGAUUCACUCUUGAAAAAGGAAAGACAUGCUAGGAAGAAGGGUGGUAAUGGCAACAGGAUUGAAGGUGAAAACUACGGUUUCGUUACCUUCAAAACCAUUGCCGAAGCCCAUCGAAUCGCUCGUGCUCACCAAGGGAAAUUGAAAGAAUUACAUGGAGCGCAAUUGCACCUUGCCCCUAUGCCUCAAGAUAUCGUGUGGGAGAACAUCUCGAAGGAUUCAGCCGAGGUUGGAUCUAGAAGGACGUUCGGUUUCAUCUUCAUUGGAAUCAUCUGUUUCUUCUACACUGUUCCUUUGCUGGUGGUAUCAUUGCUUGCCAAUCUGAGUGCUUUGACACUUUAUGUAGGAUUCUUGAAUACUUGGAAGAGUGCCGGGCAAUGGGGUAACUGGACAUUUUCCCUUGUUUCUGGUAUCUUGCCGUCAAUUAUCUCUUCAGGUUUCGGCUAUUUCCUGCCCUUCAUCAUGAGACGAAUCAGUAAAUACCAAGGUGCUCCCACGCGAUCUCGACUUGACAGAGCGGUCACAGCGCGAUAUUUCUUCUUCGUGAUCAUCUGUAACGUGGUCAUCUAUUCGUUACUGAGUGUCAUCUACACCGCCGUCGCGACCGUUGUCGCUGAGAUCGGUGACAAUCAGAGUGUGGGAACGAUCUUCAAGACGCUCGAAGAUAUUCCUGAUCAAAUCCAAGGUACCUAUGUGCAGCAGUCGACAUAUUGGCUUACUUGGCUGCCUCUUCGAGGUUUCUUGGUCAUUUUCGAAUUGAUCCAACUAAUCAAACUCGCCCUGGUCUCCUUACGGAGAUUCAUGUUCUCCCAUACUCCAAGAGAUAUCAGAGAGAUGACUAAGCCUGGCUACUUUGAAUACGCUAUCGUCGUUGUCAACUUGCUCUUCGUCUGUGCGGUUGGUAUGAUCUAUGCACCUCUCGCACCGCUAGUAGCUAUCGGAGCAUGUGCAGUGUUCUGGUUCUCUUCCAUCGUUUACAAAUAUCAACUCCUCUACGUCUAUAUCUCACGAGCAGAAAGUGGCGGUCGAAUGUGGAAUGUCUACGUUAACCGGUUACUAGCUUGUUGCAUCUUGAUGCAGCUCUUGAUGGCCUUGACUACCGGAUUAAUCCGUUCACGAUGGCUCGAUUGUAUCGCCGCUGCACCCCCAAUCCUGAUCAUAAUCGCCUUCAAGAUCUACAUUUCGCGUACACUCGAGAAUCAAUUCCGAUACUACAAUCCAACUCAGCAAGAGCUCGAGCAGGAGAGGAUGUACUCAAUGUCAGAAAAGAGGACCAAACAUUCUGAGAUGGAGAAACGAUUCCUUCACCCUGCUUUGCAACAGGAUAAACUGUAUACAAUCAUGGUUCACAAGAGCCAAGAACAACUUGCUCGAGAGGUACUCAGUGCUUAUCCCUGGUUCGCUGGAAAGCAUCAACACGACGGUGUGGAAAUCAAAGCUGUUCGAGAAGAAAACCUCGAGUACGACCCCAAUCGAGACGGACCUGCGGAUGUUGCCCAUCAAGCCGAUUGGGAUGCUCGAUCGAUCGCUUCUACGGAAAUGCUCGGUGGAUUUGGUGGUGGGAAGAGCGAGCUAUCUUCGACUGCACCUUCACCCGGUGUUGAUACCGACGCGUAUAACCAUUACCCAUUACCUGGAAUGGACUCGAAUGUGAAUUUACCGUUGGAUAACCCAUCAUCAGAUUACCUUUUGGCGCAACAGCGAGAUCGAUCAGACGAGUAUCGAAAUGACAAACAGCCACCUCGAAGGCAGAACAGUCGACCUUACCCACUCAGUCAUGUUAGAGGUAAUCUAUCGGAAACUGACAUUGUGGCAAGUUCACCAUUGCUAGAACAUCAACAACAACAACCUUCAUAUGAUGCCCCACCAUAUUCCAACGUACCUUAUCCUCCUAGUGCCUACACUCAACCUCCCAUUGGGUACACACCGCCAACUAUGAGGAGGACAGCGUCGGGUGACGAAGAUGAUAUAGGUCAGACGAGAUGGGAUCAAGGUGAUUUAGAAAGAGGUAUUACCCAACCUCAGAGCAAUAGGUCGUCACCACCUCCACGAUCAUAUAGCAAUCAAAGUCAAGAUGAUCAAGGGCUGUAUGGAGGAGGAUGGCAGCAGCAUGAUAGAAGGAAUCAAAGUGGUCAUGGGUGGUAA